CCCGGCCCCAGCCAUGCAUCUCCUUCUUGCAGUAAGCAAAGCCCAGGUCCAGGUGGUCGGUGUCCAAGCUCUGUCCUGGGUCAUGAUGCGUACGUGCUACGAUCAGGAAGAUCCUGCUUUGGCCCCGGGAACGACUACAUAAAGCCCUUGGUGCUCCCGUCUUGCUGAUCGCCAGCUUCAAGCGGACUUCAUUACGACUUCAAAAACAAUGCAUUGGUCAGUUGCUGUAUUGAGCUAUGGGCUCGGGUCUGCCCUUGCCCAGGCUUCAAGCUCUAGUUACAACACCACGGCACCCAAUAUGGGUCCUGAUGUCCUCACCGCGGACAUGGUCUCGAGCAUGGGCAACAACACCCUGUUCAACAGGUGGCGACCUACAUACCACUUCAUUUCGCCUGCUGGCUGGAUGAACGACCCAUGUGGUAUGUUGUACGACCCUACUACAGACACAUACCAUCUCCACUACCAGUUUCACCCUAACCACGUCAACUGGGGUAACAUUUCAUGGGGGCACGCCACGUCUAAGGACCUCGUGACAUGGACUGACGUCGGAGGCUGGGAGAAUGACCAGGCACAGUCUGUUGGUACGGGACCCGACCCUACCUCCAGAAACGAAUCCUAUUACGGUUUAGGAAUCUUCUCAGGUUCUGCUCAACCAUACAACCUUACAGGUGGCCAGGAUGGCACUCUCAUUGCAUUCUACACUGCGGUUCAGCAUCUUCCCACCAACUGGGCUCUUCCCUACAUAAACGGUACGGAGAAGCAGGCCAUUGUGAUAUCCAAUGAUGGUGGUGAGACUUGGGAGCAGUACGAAGGCAACCCGAUCAUCUCCGAUCACCCUGAAGGCUGGAACGUUACCGGCUGGCGUGAUCCCUUCGUUGAGCCCUGGCCUGAGAUGGACGCCAUCCUUGGGCAUGAGGAUGAUCCCCACUGGUACAUGGUGCUUGGCUCCGGUAUCAAAGGUGCGAACGGUGGUGGCCGAAUUCCUUUUUACUCUGCUCCUCAGUCCAAUUUGACAAACUGGACCUUCCUCGGCGCUCUUUGGGAGCCCAAAGCCAACCAGACACUGGGCUCGUUGCUCGAGACCGGUACAUAUGGCUUCAACUUCGAAGUCUCCAACUUCUUCUCUCUGAUUGACGAGGACAACGACGUUCAUUACUAUGCUCUCAUGGGUACCGAGGGUGGCAACCUUACCUGGCACCCUCGCGCUCAGUGGGGUCUGUGGAACGAGGGUCAGGUCACCAGGCGCGAGAAUGGAUCUGCUGAAUUCACUCCUGUCUCUGGUGGCGUCAUCGACUCUGGUCUUCUCUAUGCUGUCACCAGCUUCAACGACACCAAGAACAAUCGCCGUGUCCAGUGGGGCUGGGCCAAUGAGGAGAACAAUGGCUUCGGUAUCCUUCAAAGCGGUUAUCAGGGUGCCUUGGCUCUUCCUCGUGAGAUGUACGUCAUCAAGACCCACGACCUCGUGAACGCCAAUGGCGGCUUGACAACAAAGGGCAACACCCGCGUUAUCGAGCACAGCAACGGUACCUUCACCGGCUACACUCUCGGUGCUCGCGCUCUGCCUGACGUUGUUGACGCUCUUCGCGGCGAGGCGGUCCCCGUCGAUGCUAUCUCGAACUGGACAGAAAGCAUGCUUGUUGGCAAGGGCAGCGCCCACAUGGAGCUUGCUGUCACUCUCAGCAACUGCACAGGACCUGCCGGUGUCACCAUCGCUGCCAGCGCCGGCGGCGAGGAGUACACUCACAUCUAUUACGACCCCUCCAACUACACCAUCAACGUCGACCGCUCGCACUCUUCGACCAUUAUUGAGUACGCCAACUACACCAUGCUCGGUUAUUUCUACCCAUACACCUUCUCCAAUGGUACCACUGAGUCGCUACACAUGGACAUCUUCGUCGAUGGCUCGCUCGUCGAGGUCUACGUUAACGACCGCUUCUGGCUGACAACGCGCAUCUAUCCCGCGCGCCUCGACAGUGUCAAUUACGGUAUCUACGUUGGCGAUAACUCCACCGUUCAAAUUUCAGACCUCAAGACAUGGGAGAUCAGCGCCAACGCCUUCCCUGAUCGCCCUGCCAACUCCAGCUCUGAGCUUAUCUUCGACACGCCAGACGAGACUAACAACUACGUCUGGUGGCCUGGAUAUUAAGCCCGUCGCGGGUGUUUGAAACGUGGCGACUAGGCACGAGACUUGUAUAUAAGUGCCCACCCAUAAGAUAAUGACUAUGAAGAGAAGAGUUUAAAUGUAUAUAGUAAUGACAGGAAUGUACUAUACUGUGAUUGUACUAAGCAC